AUGAAUACAGAACUUAUUUCUGAAGAUUCAUCUUUUAUUUGUGUAAAAUCAUUUUCAUCAUGGAUUGUGGAUUUUUAUUUUACAAAAAUCUAUGCAAAACAAAUAAAAUUAAUAAAUAAAUCUAUUCAACCAAAUAAUCUUAUUGGAUUUUAUGAUAUGUUUCUUAUUUAUAAAAGAAUUCAAUCAUCAUCAUCAUCAUCGUUGACAGAAUUUAUUCAAUUAUGUAAAAAUAAAUUAAAACAAAUAAAAGAUAAUGCCAUACUUGAAAAUUAUGAGAAGUAUUUAAAUCGUUGUGGUUUAACAGAUAUAAUUGAUAUUUUUCAUCAAUGUCAAUUCGAAUCACAUGUGAAUACAAUUAUUUUAUCAAUUAAUAGUAUUAAAAAUGAUAUGGAUCAAUUAUUUUGUGAAUAUUUAUUGGAAUUAUCAUCAGUAUCAUGGUGUAUUUAUGAUAUAGAAACGAAAUCAAUAACAAUAGAAACAAAGGAAAAUUUAAUGAAAUUAAUUAAUUAUGAAAAUAAAUCUGAUGAACAAAUAAAUAUCAAAAAUAAUAUAAAACAUACAUUAUGUACAUAUCUAUCAUUAUUACUGGACACACGUAAUGAGCAUGCACUUAUUCACUGUCUUAUGAUACCUCGACGAAAUGGAUUUGAACAAGCAACAAUUGUUGAAUUACAACGUUUAGUGAAAAAUUCAUCUUUAACAAUCUAUGAAAUGCUUCUUUCAUUUCUUCGACGCAACGAACUAGUCUCAAAUCGAUCUGCAACAUCACAAGAAAAUUUAAUAAAUAAUGAUAAUGAAUUAUUUCAUAUUCUUAGUAAAUAUUUUAUCGGUAUAAAAGAAUUUUUUGAUUUUAUUGAACAAUUACAAAUGAUAAUUAGGGAAAAUGAACAUUCGAAAAUUGAAUCAAUGGUAACUUUUCGUAAAUUAUUGGAAUUAAUUUCAAAGCAAUUAUGUAAAGAUGAAUCAUUUAAUCGGCAUAAUUUAAUAGUAGAAGACUUGGUUGAAGAAUUUUGUCAAUGUUUUCAAACUAAGAUGUCUGUAUCAUCUGAUGAUACAUUAGUUGGCCAACAUUUUCUUCAAUCUGUUGCUUAUCUCUGUACUAAACAAACAAUUGAUUUACCUAUAUUUAUCUUAAAUGAUGAUCAUAUAGAAGUGGUAUCAUCUAGUAAAAAUCAAGAUCAACAAUGUACAUCACAUCGAUGUUUUAAUUUAUCAACAAUUCAUGAAACAAGUUUCGAAUCAGAUUCAUUAAUAGAUAAUUUAACUACUUCUGAGGAGAUACCUCAACCACAAUCGAUUAUUAAACGACAACCGCUACAAGUAAUUGAUGUAAAUUUAUUUAAUAAUGAAGAACGAUUCAGUGAAAAUUCAAUAGUAUUGACAUUAGUAAGUGAUGAUGAUAAAGAAAAUUUACCGGUGAUAAGAAAAAAACGGCCAACAAUAUCAACAAAAAAUGAACCAUCAAAGCAAUCUAAUAGCAUGCCAUCUCAGUUUAAUAUUGAUGAUUUUGAAAGACUGAGUAAAGUAGGAGAAGGCACUUAUGGCAUUGUAUACAAAGUUUGUCAUCGACCAACAUCACAGAUAUAUGCAUUGAAAAAAAUUCGAUUAGAAGGUGAAGAUGAUGGCGUACCAGCAACAGCUAUUCGUGAAAUAUCAAUUUUAAAAGAACUUCGACAUCAAAAUAUUGUUCAACUUCGUGAUGUUAUACUUACAGAUGCUCGUCUCUAUUUAAUAUUUGAAUAUUUAGCAAUGGAUUUAAAGAAAUAUUUAGAUUGCUUAGGUGAAAACGAAGAUAUGGAUGCCUUACUAAUUCGAAGUUAUAUGUAUCAAAUGAUUGAUGCAUUACUCUUCUGUCAUUGUCGUCGAAUAAUUCAUCGUGAUUUAAAACCACAAAAUCUUCUUGUUGAUACAAAAGGUAUUAUUAAACUUGCUGAUUUUGGUCUAGCACGAGCAUUUAGUGUACCAUUAAGAAUUUAUACACAUGAAGUUGUCACAUUGUGGUAUCGAGCACCAGAAGUUUUGCUUGGUGCUUCACGUUAUUCAUGUCCAGUUGAUGUUUGGUCAAUCGGAUGUAUUUUUGCUGAAAUGUAUACAAAACGACCAUUGUUUCAAGGUGAUUCGGAAAUUGAUCAACUCUUUCGUAUUUUCCGAACACUCGGUACACCAAGUGACGAAACAUGGCCCGGUGUUGUCUCUUUACCUGAAUUUAAAUCAUCUUUUCCACGAUGGAAACAAAGCAGUGAUUUAUCAUCAUUACUUAAUGAUCGAAUGCGUGAUGAUGCACUUGAUUUACUUCUCAAAAUGCUUGUCUACGAUCCAGUGAAACGUAUAUCAGCUAAACAAUGUCUCAAUCAUUCGUAUUUCAAACAAUUCGAUCCACAAAACUUGCCUGUACCGGCACCCGUUGUUGUGCCUGUUGUCAAAGAAGGAGCCAAGUAA